AUGGCUACCGUCCGCUCAUUAGGUGUUCAUGAGCCCACAGCUCUUCCCUACCUCAUCGCUGAAGGCACACUACCCAGCGACCCAUCACCCGAAACAUACAGAUACCAUUCCUAUCUGACGAAGUCAAGGAACGAUUCUGAACUUGUAGAAGAAGAAAUCUUGAUUGCGGACUCUUGCGUUGUAUGGUCGAAAUGCGGCGUCAUCAAGCGGGUCUUGAACUUGAGCAUCGAGGAUGAUUCUGUUCUACAAGCAUUCACUACAUUCUUUCCAAAAGAUGAUCUGGGGUCAGAAGGGCCCAACAGAGAGUACGAAGAAGCGCUGGUGGUGGUAUUGAAGAGCCAAGUGCAUAUCCUACUAGUCUCUGGAGAUAGCCAUCUGUUACCGCUGUCUUUCGAAGCCCAGUCUGCCUUUGCCUGCCCGAAUGGCUUUCUGUUGCAGCGUAGGGUGGCUAGUGAGGACGAUGCGACGGAAGAAUCAACAAUCGCAUUCCAUCACGAUUUGAGCACCAUCAACGAAAGUCAGGGAACGAUUCGGACAUCCAGCGCCCGGCCAUCGCUUGUUCUGCCAGAUAUCACGAAAGACUUACCACAACCAGUCCGACGUGGACAUGGCAUGCCGCGUACAUUCUCAUGCGUCGAGACCAUGUCAGAACUAGGCCUAGUGGUGUUUGGCUCAACUGACAGAGCACAGUCGCUAGAUGAUUGCCAGGCGUUACCGACCAGCGAAACACUGCUCUAUAUCUCGCGCCACGAUGAGCUGAGGUACGCCAGCGAAGAUCACGAAUCCUUGUGCAUCUCAGUUACAUACGACCCGUCGAGUGAUGCCAUCACUAUCUGGCAUGUAGCCGGCGACGUGCCUCUAUCUGCUCGUACCAAGUCCAAGUCUCAGAAACAGAACAGGAAGAGUGCAACAUCAAAACGGAAGAGCUCAAAUAUCUAUGGAAGGAAUCAAGGUGCUGCCACUCCUGCAGCUCUCAGAGAGCCUCAUCCACUCCGCCAAAGUUUCACCGGCCUCGCUCAGUCAUAUGCCGAGGGCAACCUCAAUUCUUCUGCAGCGGAUCAGAGAGCUGCUGGAGCUGAUGAGCUGGCAAACCAGCUAGGUCCAGAGUUCGAGCAGGUCGGGGUUCAGACCAGAUCAGCGCGUCGUGUGAGCUCCAUGCUUGCCCGAACGGAUCUUGGCGCGGUUAAUGACCGUAACACCUUCCACGACCUUGCUGUGGGCCAUAACACGCGAAAGAGCGUAGGUCGAGGUCCUCGCCGUGGUGAGUCCAUUGGGAGCUUCAGCGAUCGCCAGAGUUUCGGUAUACGGCGCAGGAGCUCCUUUCACGCCGCAACCUCGAUCCUUAGCACCGGGACAUCUUUUCUUAACGUGCCCGGUCAACUGCGCGUUGAUGACGUGGACUCGCACCACCAUCUAGACAUGAUGUCGGAGGAUCUGCUAGAGUCUACCGACUUACGCCGCGAUCUGGGGUUCUUUAAGCUGACUAGCUUCUCUUUGUCGGAAGAAGGCUCGUCAGAAUCCCAGCCAGACCUGAAAGUCCUCACGAUCCCCACACCGAAGCGCUAUGAUGAAGAAAGCAUGUCCAUCUCGGUCUGCGUUCAUGACCACGUUUCAGAACAGAUUGCAAUCGUCGAUGUUCACGUCGAUACAGUGACAGCAAUCAAGAAACAUAAGCUAUCCAAGAAGAUCAAGCUGAAAGCUACCAGUAUUCGGCGUGGCUCGAGCAUAUCAGGUGUAUGUCUCGUUAACGACGAUCAUGUUCAGCGACUUCUUAUCUUGACGAAGACGCGACAGGGAGACCCGUUACUUCAUUUGGAGGCUCCAUGGAGUCCGUCGUUCAGGAUGGAUUUGCCCUCAUCGCACCUCUUAUCAGAUCCACUCGACUUGUUAGUUCGCUCGACGCCCACCAAGAAGAGAGAUGAAGGCCUGCGGCGAACCAUACCAGCAUCAUCAAUUGAAGUUGCUUCUGUCUAUCAAUAUGGUCGACGUGGCAGGGUCGCUCUUGUCAGCCCUUCAGGUCGGGCUCAUACGUUACUGAUUAAGCUAAGACCUGCCGACGCGUUGGUUUCUCAGAUCCUGACAAUGUGUGAUUUCGUUCUAGGAAAGGAUUUUCAAGAUUGCAUGUUGGUAGCGUUUUGGGAGGUGCAACGAUGGUUGAGCAAAAGAGAAGCGCGGGAGUUUCCCGAAUGGACAUCUUUAGUGGUGACCCUAUUCACUCUUGCUGCACCUUUCAUCGACGAAAAGCAUUCGAAGAGCGGCACACCAUCACGGAGAAAACGAGGAGGUCUACUUCGUUCAGCCAGUGGCACUGCAAUCGAUUUGUCCAACUUCAAUGCCAUGAAAGAAGCGCACACAACGGCUGGCUCUAACUGCCACCAGUCAACUUCAUGGCAGUGGUUGAUUGAUGAUGAUCAGCGCGAUUCACUCCCCAGUCCGUCUCCACGCUCACCUCGACAUGCCAGAAGCCAAAGUCAAGCAGUGGACGAUGCGCAGGAGCGCAAAGACUCAUUCAUUCUUCAAUGCAUUGGUUGGGCUCGUGAAUUCGUACAGUCACCUGCAGGCGAAGCUACGAAUGGCCCGGAAGGGUAUCUGCCAGUCUCUAUCAACAAAGAACGAAGCGUACGACAGACUGCCCUUGCCAAAAUACUAGUCGGGAUCCAUCUCCUCUAUGAAGAACAUAAACUCAUGUCUAUCACGGAUCGUCCUCAAACUUCUUUUGAGUCCCUGCCAGGUGUCAUGUCACAACUAGGCCUCUGGCUUGGCUGGCAAGCGUGGACAAUGCAUGAAGAUGCCUAUUAUGUCAACGAAUCGAGCUCUGACAACCGCUGGCUGCUCGAGGACUCGCGUGUUAGUGGACUAGAAGUCCCAGAUCAGCCUUUUGAACCUCCUUCGAUCCUUCAAUACCUCUGCCAAUGUGUUAUUGGAGAUCCAGAAAGAUCCUUUCCCACUCUCGAUCUCGUUGCCGAGUACCAACAGCCGCCCGCUUCGGAUGCACCAAGUGAUGCAGUUUUGUCUCUCACGCCCCACACACAUAUGCUCACAACGGUCAUGAACUCGAGCAGAGAAUGGACUGGGCCGUUGUCAGCCUACGAGCAUUUUCGAAAGCUCGAUCUUUCAGGACAUCCAUACGUUCAUGCCCCUGAUGGCUUUGCUGCAGCAUUUCGCCAGGCCCUCGCGUCCAUUCGUACGAUGACGCCAGAUCUCCUAAACAUUGAACAAGCGGAGCUCACAAGACCUUCGCAUGGCGCACAUCGAUCGAGGCUGACAGGUCUGGCGCCUCACGCCGCUAGCAAAGACUAUCAUGCUGCGAGCGUAGCAGCCUUCGAUGCAGAGAGCAUUCAAAGAUGGGACGUGUCCUCUGAACUCGAUCGUCAAGCUGUGACCAAACUUGUUUUCCAAGACGACAGACGUUUCCAAGAAGCAUCCAAGCUGGUUAAUCAGACAAGACCGCCUCUGGUCACAUGCAUUCCGGAGCCUGACUGGACCGAAGCCGAUCUCUUAGAGGCUCAGAAAGAGUUGGCACAGCUUGUGGCGAGGCGUACCCUAUCCGUUGCCUCUGGUCGUGCCAUGAUGCACUUCAGCGCAAGAAUUCCAUUGCUAACGGAACGGGUGCCCAUUCCGGCAUUCUCUCUGCAAUGCUUAAUGAGCCCUCGAAGCACAUCUGAAUCCGCCCAGCCCAUGACUUUCAGCGCCGACAAAUCUGCCUUCACCGAAGAAAAGGUCUGCUGGGCUUUCUUUCACAACGGUGCAAGUGCUGGACUCAUGAUCUCGAAGCAUGCCAAAUGCAUUGACACGUCUUGGAUACUGUACAAUAAGCCGCAGGAGCUCACGAAUCGGCAUGCAGGUUUCCUGCUGGCUCUUGGGCUCAACGGACAUCUACGGUCAUUGGCAAAAUGGGUCGCGUUCAAGUAUCUGACUCCCAAGCACACAAUGACAUCGAUCGGUCUGCUUCUAGGCCUGUCUGCAUCAUAUCUGGGAACGCAAGAUCAGCUAAUAACCCGACUAUUGUCUGUUCAUGUGACCAGACUACUUCCUCCGGGAGCUGCUGAACUCAACUUAUCGCCUUUGACACAGACUACUGGGAUCAUGGGUAUCGGCCUCUUGUACUACAACUCUCAACACCGACGCAUGUCCGAUAUGAUGCUCUCAGAGAUCGAAAACAAUGACUCCGAGGAAGGCAUGGCAGAAGAGCUUGUGCUGAGAGACGAAGGCUACCGCCUUGCAGCUGGUUUCUCUCUGGGUCUUAUGAAUCUCGGACUCGGUAACCAGAAUGCCAGCCUACACGACCUGAGUGUUCCUGAACGACUGCUUGCGAUCGCCGUGGGUACCAAGAACGUUAAUCUUGUCCAUGUGCUAGACCGGGCAACAGCCGGCGCCGUUAUGGCUGUCGCAUUCAUGUUUAUGAAGACCAAUGAUGCUGCCGUUGCUCGGAAGAUCGACAUACCUGAAACACUCCAUCAGUUCGACUAUGUUCGUCCAGAUAUCUUCCUCCUUCGGACACUAGCACGACAUCUCAUCAUGUGGGAAGCCAUAAGCCCAACUCAGGAUUUUGUCACAGCAUCUUUACCAAAAGAGUAUCGACACCGUGCAUCGCUGCAAAAGACCGUCCACCUCGCAACCGAGGACAUGCCUUUUUUCAACAUUCUUGCUGGCAUCUGUUUCGCGCUCGGCCUCCGUUACGCGGGUUCGCAGCGAUACGACGUUCGUGACCUACUAGUAUCAUACCUCGACCAUUUUCUCAGACUCUCGCACCUACCGUGCCCCCACUACGACGCGCGAGUAACCCUGAACAGUGUCCGAAACUGUCUGGAUGUGGUUGCUCUCGCCACUGCUACGGUGAUGGCCGGAUCCGGAGACCUGAUAGUGAUGCGGCGUUUGCGGAGCUUGCAUGGCAGGACGGACAAGGACACUCCUUUUGGUAGCCACAUGGCUGCUCACAUGGCACUUGGUGUGCUAUUCCUCGGCGGUGGCACCAUGACCUUCGGGACGAGCAAUCUUGCUAUUGCGAGCCUUUGCAUUGCCUUCUAUCCACUUUUUCCAGGCGAUGUCCUCGACAACAAAGCACAUUUGCAAGCCCUACGACACCUCUGGGUGCUGGCAGUGGAAGGACGCAGCCUCGUCUGCCGACAGAAAGAAGGGGGCGACCUCGUGGCUGGCUUGAAUGCCAGGGUCGAGCUAAAAUCUGGCGAAUCUGUCACCGUCAGAAGCCCCGGACUGCUCCCCGACUUUGACAGCAUGAAGCGGCUACACGUCGCUGGCGAAGGCUGGUGGGACGUCACGCUCGAUUUCACCGACGACGCCAUCCUGAACCACGUCAAGAAGGAGGGCGCCGUCAACAUUUGGCUCCAAAGCCAAGCCGAUUUCGACCGGCCCACGGCGAAGAGCAACAUCCUGUUUGAAGAGCUGCGAGUCCUGGACCGAGAGGGCAUGCGCGGCGCCAACGGCGUCCCCAGCGUGAUCCGCAACUUCGCCUCGCGGACACACCCGAACGCUUUGCCGAGCGAAGGCAAUCCCUUUGAAUGGCUUUUUGAUCUACGCAGCUUCCAAGACUAUGACGCGAAAGAGCGGGACUUGGUGCUGGACGCCCUUCAAGGCGAAGGCAAAGAACUCUUGAACGACACGCCGGUGGAUUCGCGCCUGGCGCUGGAGAGGGGAUUGCUACCCGAGGACGAAGUGGGGAAUAUGAGCAGGAGUAAACUCUGGGAGCUGCGCGCGCUGCUCACGUGGUUUGACAGGUUUGAGAUGGAGGACGAGGCCGCCAUGGGGGAGGGCGAGACGAAGUGGAGUGAUGGGUUGUGGGUGCGGAGGGAGGUGGUGGAACGGUUGAGGGAGCGGGUGUGGGAUACGAUGGUGCAGAAUGGGAGUGUGGAGGCGUAG